CAGACGUCACGCACAGACACACACACGCACACAGAAGACACACACACAGACACACACAGAGACACACACAAACACACACACAGAGAAGACACACACAGACACACACACACGCGCACACACACAGAAGACACACACACGCACACACACACAUAAGAAACACACACAGAAGACACACACAGACACACGCACACACACUACACAGACACACACAGAAGACACACACAGACACACACACACGCACACAGGCACACAGACACAUACACAGACACACACACAUACGCGCACACACACACACAGACACACACACACGCACACAGGCACACAGACACAUACACAGACACACACACACACACACGCGCACACACACACACAGAAGACACACAGACACACACAGACACAUACACAGAAUACACACACAGACACACACACACGCACACACAGAAGACACACACAUACACACACAAAGAAGACACACACAAACACAGACACACACGCGCACACACACAGACACACACACGCACACACACAGACACACACAAACAGAAGACACACACAAGACACACACAGACGCACACACGCGCACACACGCACACAAGACACACCAAGGCAAAGAUCCCCCGUAUAGCCUGAGCCGGACUCUUGUUGGGGCGAGCGCAAAGACACAAAGAUCUCGACUCGCCAUGACGCUGGGUCGAGGCGAGAGGAUGAUCGACUGCAGCCCGGACCUGGACACGGAUGACAUCGACGUGGUGGGAGGUCCCAGCGGCGACAGCGACUCGGACAACAACGCCGGCAGCAGCAACAACAACAACAGCAGCAACAACAGCAUCAGCAACAACAACAACAGCAGCAGCAACAGCGAGGGCUCUUGCCGAGAGGACGAGCGCGACAUCGUCGCCAGAGCAGAAAGGUUCAGCGGCUCGUUGCUCGGGCAGACAUCGCCCGGACAGGUCGCUCCCUGCCAGACCAUCGUGACGACACCCGCGGGGCAAUCGUCGCCUGGCUACACCUCCUCGUCCUCGUCCUCCUCGUCGUCAUCCUCCUCGUCGUCAUCAUCCUCCCCGUCGUCGUCUUCGUCGGCUCGCAGCGUCGACGUCCGACGUGGGACGUUUGGCGGCGUCCCGUGCGUCGGCAGCGACGGUGGCGAUGCGAGCAACAGCCCCGAGUACAGCAGCAGCAGCGGCGGCGGCAGCUGUGACGAUGUGGCAGAUGGUGCCGGUGGUGGUGCCGGUGGUGUUGGCGGUGGUGUUGUUGUCACAACCGGUGCCGAUGUCGGAGUCGGAGACGGCGGUCGCAGCGACGUCGAGGACGAGUCACGACGCUGCGUCGCCUCCCGGCAGAGCGUCGUGGUGAAGCCUCCCUACUCGUACAUCGCGCUCAUCACCAUGGCCAUCCUGCAGAGCGCACACAAGCGACUCACGCUCAGCGAGAUCUGCGACUUCAUCAGCGCGCGCUUCCCCUACUACCGACUCAAGUUCCCCGCGUGGCAGAACUCGAUCCGCCACAACUUGUCGCUGAACGAUUGCUUCGUCAAGGUGCCCAGGGAGCCGGGCAACUCCGGCAAGGGCAACUACUGGACCCUGGAUCCCGACUCGGCAGACAUGUUCGACAACGGCUCCUUCUUGCGCCGACGGAAGCGCUUUAAGCGGAUGAGCGCCGAUGACUACGCGUCUGCCGCUCACUUCGCCAUCUCUGGCCUGGGUUACGUGCCUCAUCAUCAUCAGCAGCAGCAGCAGCAUCAUCAGCAGCAGCAGCAUCAUCAGCAGCACCAUUACACCUUCUGCGCGAGCUCGCUGGGCGGUGGUCUGACUACACCGUUACGAGCGAGGAAUCAUCACCACCACCAUCACCACCAUCAGCAGCAGCAACAGCAACAGCAUCAUCAUCACCACGGCCAUCGUCAUGAGCAGCAGCAGCAGCAAGGAGCGGUGUUAACCGCACCACCGCCGCUAUUAGGACGGCAGGACCCUCCUCCACCUUACCCGCCACUCGCCUUGCCUCUCCUGCCACCGCUGGCGCGUCGCGAGACGACUCGGAGCUCCCCCGAGCGAGGGGACGCGGGCACCCCGCGCGCACCGCCGUCAGCCCCAUCGCCGCCGCCGCCUCCAUCAGCUCCCACGCCUCCUCCGUCGUUCCCGGCGGUGACCUUCGACGGCAAGGAAGCCGACAGAGAUGUGGUGGGAGCGACCAACGGGAAUGGUGGUGGUGGUGGUUGUGGUGGCGGUGGUCAACCGACUGCCAAACCAUCAUUCACCAUCGACAGCAUCAUUGGCAAGGAAUCGGACGCCAAGGUGGGACGUGUCCCGGAGCGCACUCGUCUAACGACGCCCCCUGGGUAUGGGGGCUGCGUCGAGAAGAGACUCGUUUGGUACAAGCCGAGUUGACAUCCGAGGACCCACAACGACCACCAUUAUCAUCACCAACGCCGCCGCCACACCUGAGUUCUACUCCUGAACGGGCUCU